CUGGUUCCUGCGUUCCUGGUGCUUGAUCCGGAAGGCAAAGUUAUGACAUAUCUAAAUGCAUUCUAAAUAGACCAAGGGCAAGUUUGGACCUAUGUUACUCAACACGCCAGUUACAACUUAAAAAGACUGACUGAACGAACUGGCUCUCAGCAUGGAUCUUGAAUAUCGAAAGCGACUUGCCUAUAUUGAUGAUGGACUUCAUAAGACGGAUUGCAAGAUUUUCAAGUUUUUGUGUGAGCCGUUGAUUGGGAGAUCAGUAAAGGAUGACUCUCCUAUGAGCAUUUUUGAGGCAUUGGAAGGACGUCGUAUGUUGUCUGCUAGUAAUAUGACCGUGAUCUCUGAGGCCUUGCAGAUAAUCCAGCGUUAUGACCUCUUGGAAGACAUCCGGACUGACAGUGCAACAACAUACCAUGGACCAAUGGUGCAGACAUCCAUGAUCUGUCCCUUCCGGGCAACACUGGCGGAAAUCAGUGAGAACCUGCCCGAUGAAGAUCUCAACAGGCUCAGGUUCAUCUAUAACAAGGUACCAAAAAAGACUAAGAUUGGGGAUGGGAUUGAUCUUUUCAAGUUUAUGAUGCAACGAGGAGACCUAAAACCAUCCAGUCUGACCGCACUGACAGAUAUAUUCUCUUCCAUUGAGAGAACAGACUUAGUGAAUAGCCUGCAAUCCUUUCAAGAUCAGCAUGUACAAAGAGGGCAGUAUAUGUGGCAGGCGAGGCAGGCACUCACUCAAGCUCAGGAGGAGACUUACGAUGACCGACCCCCGACCGUGGAGUCAAUGUAUGAUGAACCAGAGAAUGCCUCUACCGGAGAGCCAGUAGUAACAAGGGCGGAAUUAUUGCCUCCGAUUUGCACAAGUGGUGCUACUUCCUCAUGGGAGACCAACUGUAAUGUUUUGGGUUUGAAUACGCCUCAUAGUCCCAUGACCUCGCUCAACUUUCCCCAACCAGGGCCCGGGGAGUGUUCAGAACAACUGAAACCUUCUGGUUAUCAAAAUUCGGUUUUGCGUCUGCUCUCUGAAAUUCAGCAUUCAGGAAACUACAAUAACUCAGCAAAUUUGAAUUCGGCCCAGCAGUCAUCUUCCGAGACUGGGAUCAGGUUUGAGGGAGAACAUGUAACAGAAAGUACUGUGCCAGUGACCGGAAGCAGUGAACCAUUGUUAGAAAGUAGCCAGGAGGCAGAUCCUCCAUUGAACGAGCUGGGUGUUAGUCUCCUUAACAUCGAUGAUGCGGCCGUCGGGGCAACAGCGUCUACCGGGGUACCUGAGGGCUACAAGCCUGUUGGCAACUACAAGAUGGAGGCUGACCCCCGAGGACUAUGUGUCAUUGUGGAUAUUGAAAACUUCACACAUGAUCCUCACGACCCUCAGGCCAAAAAGCUAAAUCCCCGAGAAGGAUCUAAAUAUGACCGUGAGGCACGAAUUGUCCGUCGUUAUUGGAGAAGCCCAAGCUGUUCUUCCUUGGUUGUUGCCAGGGAACCUCUACCCAGCAGGCGGUGGAGCUCUUGUGUGAUAUAGAAGCAGAUGGGCCUGGACGAAAUAUGAGGUUCCUGCCGGAUGAGGCGGACUUCCUUAUUGGUUAUGCGACAGUACAGGACUAUGUGUCCUACCGCAGUCGUUCCCAAGGUACCUGGUAUAUCACUGAGCUCACCAAGAUCCUGGACAAGUAUGCAGAAAUAGAUGACCUCAAUAGUAUCCUUCUGAGAGUGAAUGCGGCUGUUGCUGAGUACGCCCAUGAGAAGACGGAAACCAAUGGGAACACAAAGCUGCUCAAGCAGGUGCCGGCACCGCAGACAACGCUGAGGUUUGCCCUCAAGUUCUUGUGAUUCAUGUCAAGGACUCUCUGUGUUGUUGGUGGAAUGCAGGGAGAGUUGAGGAGGGAGGAUUGAGUAGUGUGGAAAGAGGGGGGGGGGUGGAGGAGGGGGGUCUGGAUGAGAAGUGGGAGGACUAGGUUGAAGCUUUGGGGAGGUGGAUGUGGAGGUGGAUGGAGGGGGUUUGGGAGGAUGUGGGAUGUGUAAUAGAGGUGUUUCUUUUACCAUGAUGGAAGGAUGCACUAAUGGAUGAGAAAUGAAAUGGUUCUUUUUUUUUAUUCCCG